UUUUUGCAUGACGUCACUUCCCGGCGACUGGCGAGGCGAGAAGAAGAAGAAAAAGAAACAAGAUGGCUGCAAGGUUACUCCUCCGCUCAGGCUUCAGGGCCGCCGUGAGCCGCCGGGCCGCUGCUGUCCCGUCAAUGUGCCGCAACAUGGCGGCUGGAGGAAUUCCUACUGAUGAAGAACAAGCCACCGGCCUGGAGAAGGUCAUCAUGAAGGCCACGAAGGAGGGCUCUGACCCUUACAGCAUGAUGAGGCCCAAGGACUACGCCGGCUCCAAAGUGGAUCCUCACUUGGUUCCCUCCAUCACCAACAAGAGGAUCGUGGGAUGUGUGUGCGAGGAAGACAACACGGCGGUGGUGUGGUUCUGGCUCCACGAGGGCGAGGCCCAGCGCUGUCCGUCCUGUGGUGCCCACUACAAACUGGUCCCACAUGAACUCCCUCACUAGACCCAAGAUAAGAACCACCACCGUCUCAUUGAACUGUUUAGGAACAUCCUGUUAGCUUGGGUCCACUUCCUGUUCGGCACUUCACAUAUUCUGUUAGGAUUUGGACUUGUUCUGUUUCCAUACUUGGUCAAGCUGAUGACAUCUUCUUCUUCAUGAGUUUCUGCUCUUCUUCCACCAUCUUAUUUACUCUACAACCUUCCUCGGAUUCCAACAAUAAACUCAUAUUUACGUCUA